UUUUCCUUUUACAUUAAUCUGGGGAAAGAAUACAAACCUUCUUCACCAUGCCUUUGAAGUGCGAGCUUUUCAUCACCCUGCUCCUCUUUGUCAUCCUCGGAGUUGCAGACCAGCACAGUUACAGCACCCUCAAUCCAGCUGACGCCAUCAACUCACUGCGCUUAAGAGAACUGAUAGGCACAACCAAGCAGAGUGCUGGCGUCACGACAGGGUUUGAGCUGAAACCUCACCGGACGAAGAGAGCCGCGGUCUUCCGCUCCGGAGUAAAAGUGUGUCCCCAAGAGACCAUACGAGAGGUCAUUGCGAGUCACCAAGCCUACUACAAGCUCAGAGUUUGUCAGGAGGCCGUCUGGGAAGCCUUCCGGAUUUUUUUCGACCGGAUUCCGGGAACCACGGAGUACCAACGCUGGGUCCACACGUGCCAGCAUGAGUCCCUCUGCAUAUCGGACCUCGCCAACAACUUCAGCAGCUCGGAAGAGCACCUCAACAUGAUAUACCGGAGGAUGAACUUGCGGCCGGACCAGCUACCAGGACGACAUGUGGUGCCAGAGAAGCCAGCUGAGGAGGCGGGAACAGAAGAGGGUGCCCAGACAGACUCAGGAGAGGAGGGAGAGUCACCUGCUGUUCCGGACGCCCCCGACGCCACUCUUGGCACUCCGAGCGAAGGCCACGAAGGCCAUGAAGGCGAUGAAGGCACUGAGACAGCUGAGGAGGACUCUGACCUCCCCAAUGUGGUGCCAGAGCAAUCUGUGGAGCAGACAGUGGAAUUCACCAUCAACCUGGUGGACCCUGGUUACAGGGAACUACUGGACGACGCUGACUCUCCUCAGUACCACGACCUGUCUAGACACCUACAAGAGCAGAUGUUGCACGUCUUCAACAAACUACCCGGAUUCAAGGAGAUUAACGUUUUGGGAAUCAGCGCAACGGAAGGAGAUGAUGGUUCUGGAGGAAUCUCAGUCCACUACGCUGUCCUGUUUGAGAACAUCGGCCCUGAUGCUACAGCAGAAGGGACAGAGGGAGACACAGACACAGAUUCACUACCCAGCCUUACAGACUUGAUGACCACUGCCCUGAGUGAAGAGGCAACUCUUCCAGUUGAUCUCAGCACACUUGUCUUUGGCCCAGAAGUAAGUCCUCUGGAACCAGAUGUUAAUGAACCGGAACUGGUUGAUGCAACUGAAGAGACUAUGGAGCCAGAUUCCUACAAUGACCUGGACGUGUCAGAGGGGGCAGAGGAACCUGAAAACUCUGAGGAGGAGCAGACACAUCCUGAUAUUUCUCCUGAGGAGGAGAAUGCUCUGGAGACUUUGUUAGAGCCCACAGUUGGCAGCGAGGACUACCCUGACAUCCCAACAGACGAAGAAUCUGAACCAACUAGCCCUCCAGAGGAAGAGGAGCCAUUCAUCACCCAUAUGAUUGAGACCAUCAUCCAAGAUGGAACUGGUGAACUUGUAAGGGACUACAUUCCUCAUGCUCCAGAAGACGAUACUGCUGUUGAACCACCCGGUGAGGAUGAAUCUAUAAUAUCAGAAGCAGAGGCGGAAGAAGAGGCACCUGUUAGUGAUCUCUUACCAAACCUCAUUACAGAGGAACUGCCUGACUCUGAACCAGAUGAAGAGGUUGGUCUGGAUAGUGACUUGCCCAAUGUGAUAUCAGAGGAGGACAGUCUACCAGGCUCCACUACUGAAACUCUAUUGACAGUGGCCACAGUAAGCCCAGAACAUUCCGAGGACUCUGAUUCCAGCCUUCCAGUGACCACCCUCUCAGCAAUAACACACCAGCCCCCCACUGAACCACUUGGAGAUGUAGAAGAGGCUGAGGAGGUGGCAGUAGAGGAAGAGGAAGUAAUGGUGGAGACACCUGAAAGUGAGAAAGGAGCACCUGAGGAAGAAACACCUGGGGUCUCUGAACCUGGGGAGGAAUUGGCACCAGAGGAAGAAGUAGUGGUAGAAGUUGAAGACGAAGUGAAUGAACCUGAGGAGGAGCCAGGUGAACCCGAAGUAGAAGUUGUUAAAGAAGAAGAGACUGAACCUGAAGAUGAAGUUAGUGCCCCAGAGAAGGACGCUAGUGAACCAGAAGAGGAAGUGAGUGAACUGGAAGAGGAAGUGAGUGAACCGGUAGAUGAACCAGAAGAGGAAGUGAGUGAACUUGAAGAGGAAGUGAGUGAACAGGAAGAGGAAGAGAGUGAACCUGAGGAGGAAGUGAUUGAACCUGAGGUGGAAGUCAGUGAACCUGAGCAGGAAGUUAGUGAACAGGAAGAGGAAGUGAGUGAACCUGAGGAGGAAGUGAUUGAACCUGAGGAGGAAGUCAGUGAACCUGAGGAGGAAGUUAGUGAAGAAGAAGUGAGUGAACCUGAAGAGGAAGUGAUUGAACCUGAGGAGGAAGUCAGUGAACCUGAGGAGGAAGUUAGUGAAGAAGAAGUGAGUGAACCUGAAGAGGAAGUCCUGGAACCUGAAGAUGAAAUAAGUGUACCAGAAGAGGAAGUAAUCACUGAAGCGGAAGAGGACGAAGGUGCUGAAUCUGAACCUGUGGAGGAGGUUGAAGCAGAAGUAUCAGAAUCUGAAGAGGCUGAUGUUGAUGUGGCUGAGCCUGUUGAGGAAGAGAUUCCAGAGGAGUCUCUACCUGAGGAGCCUGAAGAUGUACAGGUUGAAGUUCCAGAAGAGGCAGUUGAAGAGGAAGAUUCUCAACUGGAGGAAGAGAUUGUAGAAGAGGAAGACGAAUCUGAGGAGCCUGCGACUGAAGUGGAGGUUGAAGUUCCAGAACCUGUGGAAGAGGAGACUGAGGUUGCAGUAGAGGUCGAGGUCUUAGAAGAAGCAGAGGAGGAGCCAACUCCUCCUGAGGAAGAGAUUGUGGAGGAGACGACGGCUCCACCCUCAGAGAGCAUAAAGAUCAUUGUACCAGAAGGACCUGAUGAUGAAGGAGAUUUAUACUUCCCAGAACCAGAAGAGCAGGACAAUCUUCCUUUUGUGCCAAAUGAGGAUGCGGAGCCUGAAGAAGAACCAAGUGACCUUCAGCCUGUGGAGGAUGUCGUCAUAGAGGAGACAGAGGAAGAUGUUCCAGCGGAACCAGAGGUGGAAAUCAUAACCGACCAGCAGCCUGAAGAUCAAAAUGUAAUCGAAGCUGAAACAGAAGAAGGUGAAUCAGAGGUUGAGAUGGAAGAAACAGAAGAGGCAGCAGUUGAGGUGGAAAGCCAGCCUGCAGAUACAGAUGAGCCUGAGUCUGAGCCUGAGCCUGAGUCUGAGCCUGAGUCUGAACCGGAGUCUGAGUCUGAGCCUGAGUCUGAACCGGAGCCAGAAGAGACGGAGGAGGAUGCCUCAGAAGAAGAUACAGCUGAGGAAGCAGGAGAAGAGGAGGCAGGUCCUGAACAGGAGGAGGAGGAGAUCACCCCUACGGAGGCCCCAGAGGAACCACUAUCAACAACUCCAUCCAUUGACCUGGGACUCUUUGAGGUGUUCUUAACAGAUGAACCCUAUGAGGAGACUGGAGUGGAGGUUAUAGCUGAGGAAGGAGAAGGGGAAGAUGUGGUGAUGGAGACAGACACAGAAAUUGACACGUCUGAGAGUGAUUUGUCGGUUGAAACUAGCAUGGAAGAUAUUGCCUCGGAGAUGGACCAGGCAGAUGUUGUGAGCACAGAGACCAUUGACCUGCUUGGGUAUGGGAGUGGGUCUAGUGAGGAGCACCCUCCAUUCGAGACAACAGCCGCACCACCUCUGAAGUACUUGACCACUCCUUCUAUGACCACUGCAAGCCGAGGGAGAGAGCUUGUGGUGUUCUUCAGCCUACGGGUCACAAACAUGAGGUUCUCCGAGGUCCUUUUCAACAAGAGCUCAUCAGAGUACAGAGAACUGGAAAACAGGUUCACAGAACUGCUGCUCCCAUACCUCCAGUCCAAUCUGACUGGCUUCAAGCAACUGGAGAUCCUUAACUUCAGGGAGGGAAGUGUGGUGGUCAACAGCAAGAUGACCUUUGCCAAGUCGGUGCCAUACAAUGUCACAAUGGCUGUGCACUGUGUCCUGGAAGACUUCUGCAAUACUGCAACCGAGCGGCUGGACAUAGAGAUUGACAGUCAUUCCCUUGACGUGGAGCCUGGGGAUCAAGCGAAUCCCUGCAAGUUUUUGGCCUGCAACGAGUUCUCCCGCUGUGUGGUCAACCGCUGGAGCAGAGAGGCAGAGUGCCUGUGUGACCCUGGCUACGUCACGGUCGACGGGCUCCCCUGUCAGAGCGUCUGUGAGGUCAGACCGGACUUCUGCCAGAACGGUGGGGAAUGUGAGAUAAUCCCGGGUCACGGUGCGGCUUGCAGGAAUCGUGUCACCCAUACAUUACCUGGCCUAACAAGUUAGUCAGAAAAAAGAUAUGUAGAUUGUGACGUGAACCCCCAAAGACUUGGCACUACUUCUGAAGGACAGAAGACCGAGCGCAGAACAAUUACAUAAUGUCAUAAUGGGCAAAGGGGGCAUCACCCUUCUGACCAGCCCUCUCUCAUCAACACACCUGCUCUCCAGUUACUGUCAAAACCCAAGAAAGAACCAGAGCGAUUUUUCCUUUAUAUAAACCUCAGUGAACUCUCAUGGCAUAUGCUACCAUUGGACACGACAGUAAAUUAGGAGGAGGAUCCUACCAUCGAGAACCAGGUUUGACACUGCCCAGUUGGCUCUGCCUGUUGAAAUGGCACUCAAAAGACAGUGGGCUCUAAAUUGUUUUACUUGCAUGUUCUUUCUGUUUUGCAUUGUGACAUUUGUCAACAGAAGACUAAGGAAGCACCGGAAGUUCCGUUUUCCUCACAAUGAGGCAAUUAUUAAUAAUACUAUGGCUAAGAGGUCUUUCAAAUUAUUAAUAAUACUAUGGCUAAGAGGUCUUUCAAAAGGUUUUUUUUUUUUGUGAGUGUUGUUUCAAUAAUGUGGCAAGACCCUCAGUUUGCAUUAUUCUGGGAUUGACUUCUAUGCUGGAAAUCUUACAUUUCUGACAGGUUCCUAGACUAGACAUACAGAAUUAAUGUAGGCCAAAAGCCUGGCAACAGUAAAAGAGAGGCCUUUGAUUUGCAGAACUUACUGUAGGCUGUUGGCUCAGUCAUUAAGAGUAUUUUGCAAACUAGAACCAAUGAGAAGUAAUUAUAUAAAAGUGUAGCAUUUCAAUUCAGAGGUUCAUACGUUGUUAAGUACAGCUUGGA